AUGACGUUCUUCAAGAAGGCCGAAGAGAUCAACAACCGCAUAUUCCUACAGGAAAGAGGCUCAAAUCCAACUGUUGCGCUCGAAAACGAUGAGGAGGAUGUUGGCUGGAGCGACGAGAAGAACAAUGGCGUCAUGGACUCGGGCAGCGAGGAUCGGUAUAAUGAGAAUGGUGGCAGCAUCAAGCGGCGCAAAGUCAGUGAAGAACCAAGCAACGCUCUGGAUGCUCUUGCAGUUCAUGCACCCAAACAAGCGUCGAAGCCGCGUCAGAGAUCAGGUCCCUUUGUAGACGAUUCGGAGUCCGAAGACGAAGCGGAGAUGCCUGCUACAAGUCCAGGUAUGGCUAUGCGAAGAAAUAGUGCAAAGUCACCAAUUGCUAAAGAGACCGAGGAUCCGAUACCCAUGGAAAGCAUUGAACCUUCAAUAGCCCGCACCCCCUCACCUAAGCCAGAACCCACAAUUAUCCCCGAUGAUGAGGAAUACGAGGACUACGAAGGUCUUGAGGAUGACGAUUUGCUUGAGGGUGAAGAAUACGAUGAAAGGCGUUGGAUGAAGGAACAACAGAGGCUGGAGAUGGAGGGCGAUACAGACGACUCUGAGGCGCCCUUCCUGUUCCCCGAAAAUGAUGCACUGGAUAUCAAACAGGAAACGGAAGAAAACGAUACCAAUGUACCUUCAUGUCCAAUAUGCGGUAAUAGUCUCCCUGGACUGUCAGAACAAGAUGUGUCUGUUCACGUCAACGCGUGCCUGGACGGCAAGCCACUUCCGCUCCCCACAGCGAAGAUAGAACAGGAAAGCAAACCAACCGCUGCCAGUAGUGUAAAGAUGUUCAAGCGACCAGAGCGACCAGCGAAACCCGGCCAAGCAAACCCAUUUCAGCUUGCGAAGCCCAACACUCAGCCAAGCUCUGCGUUUUCAAAGCUCAUGGCUGGCCAUGCCGAAGAUGCAGCAUGGGCAAGUGCGGCAGCUGAGAAUAACAAGUCGCGAGGCAAGCCAGCCUACCAGCGCACCUGUCCAUUCUACAAGAUCAUGCCGGGCUUUUUUAUUGCCGUCGAUGCUUUUCGCUAUGGUGCUGUCAAGGGCCAAAACGCUUAUUUUCUCAGCCACUUUCACAGUGAUCACUACGUUGGACUUAGUGCAUCUUGGAAGCACGGCCCCAUUUAUUGCAGUAAAGUUACAGGCAAUCUAGUCCGACAGCAACUUCGGGUUGACCCGAAAUGGGUGGUCGACCUAGAUUUUGAGGUGAAGACCGAAGUGCCAGGGACUGGAGGCGUUUUCGUGACGAUGAUAUCAGCAAACCACUGUCCAGGUAGCUCUCUUUUCCUGUUUGAAAAGGAAGUCGGCAAAGGGAACAACCAAAAGCUGCAAAGAGUCCUACACUGCGGAGACUUCCGCGCUUGCCAAGCACAUGUCGAGCAUCCACUACUUCGACCAGACGUACUAGACGCUGUCAGUGGAAAGAGCAGACAGCAAAAGCUCGACGCAUGCUACCUUGACACCACCUACCUCAACCCAAAGUACGCCUUCCCACCACAACAGCAGGUCAUUCAGGCUUGCGCAGACAUGUGCGUUAGCCUCAGCAAGACUCGUGCCGAUGAGUCGGACGGAUGGGAGAAGAUGAAGCGAAAACGGGCCGGGCAAGGUAUGGUCAACUUUGUACAAAAGGACUCUAAUCCGGAGAACCCAUCGGAGCCGAAGAGUCCUGAGCGGGGUCGCCUUCUUGUCGUGGUAGGCACAUACAGCAUUGGCAAGGAACGCAUAUGCACGGGCAUCGCCAAAGCUUUGAAAAGCAAGAUAUACGCCCCCGCCAACAAGCAACGCAUCUGCAAGGCCCUUGAAGACCCUGAGCUAGAUGCGCUGCUGACUACCGAUCCUCGUGCUGCUCAGGUGCAUAUGACACCACUUUUUGAGAUUCGAGCAGAGACGUUGGAUGACUAUCUACGUAGUUACGCUGAUACCUUUUCACGUGUUAUUGGUUUUCGACCAUCUGGCUGGAACUAUCGUCCACCUCAAGGUCGCUUCACUGAAUCGCCUCAAGUGCAAACCGUCCUACAUUCGGAUAACUGGAAAAGCACAUUUGCCAUGAAAGAUCUAAAGCCGCAAGCGGGUAGCGGGAGCCGGGCGAGUUGCUUUGGAGUACCCUACAGUGAGCACAGCAGCUUCAGGGAGCUGACCAUGUUCUGUUGUGCACUGAAUAUCGACAAGAUAAUACCAACAGUCAAUGUGGGAAACGCGAGCAGCAGGGAGAAGAUGAAGGUGUGGUGUGAGAGGUGGGCUGCUGAUAAGAAGAAGAAUGGUCUAUUCAAGUUGGGUGAGAAUGGCGAGGGAUGGUAG